AUGUCACAGUUUCAUGAUACUUUCACGCGCGGUAGCCGCACGGACCCGCUACUGUCCUACGAUGAUUUCGCGUCACGCGUGUUCACCAGCGGCUUCCUGGCGUGUUUUCUGGUACCGAUAACCAUCUAUUGCUUCUACCAGUGGACUGGUCCUAAGAGGAAUAGCCUGCCACAGAAGCUGAAACUACGUGAGAACCAUGUGGAAGGAGAAACUACACCGUGCUUUCACUGUGGAUGCUCUAUGUGUCGACAGCGCAGGACCGCUGAAAGGAAUCGACGGUUCAUGCUGGAAGACUAUAUGAACACAGCUACUAUACUGAAAGUUGUCGUUCUGGCUUUCUUUUGGUGGCUUGUUUUCUACCUGAUUAAGGGCAUCGACACCUCUCAGAACAUCAAGACUUUUGACCCUUUUGCGUUCCUAGGAGUUCCUAUUGGUGCGACUAAGAAGGACAUCCAGAAGGCGUAUAGACAUAUGUCUCUGCGCUAUCACCCCGACAGGAACCCCAAUGAUCCUGAGGCUGCGGCGCACUUCAUACUUGUUACGAAGGCCUACAAGACCCUCACCAAUGACAAAUUCCGUCAGAACUACGAACGAUAUGGCAAUCCCGACGGGCCGGGUAUGAUGAAAAUCGGGAUAGGGCUCCCCAGGUUUUUGGUUGAGGUAGGCAACCAGGUGCUCAUCCUCUCUCUCUUUUUUAUCGUGCUGCUAGUCGUAAUACCAGGUAUUUUCUUCUACUACUACCGUACGCAGAAGCAGUACACUGCGCUUGGUGUACGGGUGGAAACUCUCCAGCUUAUAUACUACGGCAUCACCGAGAACACACGCCAAAAAACGCUCCCGGAAAUAUAUGCCUCUGCCAUGGAAUGCAUCUCGGUGCCUGCUACGCCUGAAGAUGAUGUUUUCUUGCGCCAAUAUGCGGAAGACAUCGGAGACAUAAAACGCAAGAAUUUUACCAAGGAGAGGUUACGCAACUUUUUGGUGCUCUUAUGUCACAUGAACCGCAGCGAUGAUCUCCCUCCUAAGUUGAAGGCAACGCAGGCGGAGAUACUCAAGUACAGCAUGUUGUUAACGCAAUGCAUGCUUGAUGUCGCCCUCUGCCGCCGGUGGCUGAUGACCACCAAGUCCAUUAUCGAGUUCAGGCGAUGUCUGCUCCAAGGCCUUACGGGAAAGAGGGAUACUUUCUUCCAGAUACCUCACCUCACCGAGGAUUGCGUCGGUCACAUCCAACGCAGCAAAGGAGGUGGCAAGACCAUCAGUGAAUACGUCAAAACUCCGAUGGGACUGAAGAAAGGGCUUGUAGGAAUGAAUGAAAAGCAGCUUACCGACGUGGACGAGUUCUGCAAGGCUUUCCCCCAGGUGGAUCUCAAUGUGGAUGUGUACGUCAACGAUGCAAACGAUAUUUGUGUUGGUGACAUAAUUACUUUUGAGGUGACCAUAACACGGGCCAAUGUACCAGAAGAGUGCCAGAUCGUGGGACCUGUCCAUGCACCUUUCUUCCCGUGGGUAAAGUAUGAGGAGUGGGUGGUGUUGCUUACGUACGGCGAACAGGACGACAAGUUGCUGGGGUUCAGCAUUUGCCCAUCGCGUGAACGCGUCAUCACUGAAAAGAUUUCAGUGUUCGCAGAGAAGCCAGGUCUUCACUCCGUGUCGGUAACGGUUAUGUCGGAUUCGUAUUUCGGCUGCGACCAGUCCAAGAAGGUUACCUUUACUGUCAACACCCCAUCGGAAACCACCGAGUUCAAGAUUCAUCCUGAAGACUUAGCUCUGGAUAAUGAACCCUCUGCCAUAGGAAAGAUGCUAGGUGAUCUGCUUGGUGAAGGCGACAGUGACGAGGAAGAGGAGGUAAUGGAUGACUAG